CCUAUAGAAACAAAAACUUUAAAAAAAAAACUUGAUACAAUUAUUCUUUAUACUCCUAGACUGGUUAUAGGAUACCUUUCAUCACGCUACAAAUAAUAGGAGCAGAGUAGUGAAGGGAAAUGUUGGGAAAACGGGAGAAGAAGUCAAAAAAAAUCACAAACGCAUAAAAAACAAAAAAAAAAGAAUCCUUAGUUUUAUCACAAAGGUGUCUGUGCAUUAUCUAGCUAGCUUUUGAUCAAUGUCCAAAGGUAACUGAUAUGUUGCGGAAAUAGAUAAAAUCAUUUAAUUUUGCUCUUCCCGUUGUCUCCUUCAUAUUUAGUAUAAAUAGCUUCAUGACCAUUUUGAAUUCCACUUGUCCCCGAAUGAUUACUAAACACACAAUGCGCAUCCUGACUGUUCUAACACUCUGUGUCCCUUUGGUUCUGGGACUACCUUCUGAUUCACAGAGGGUAACUGGACCAAUGACUAGUAUUGAUAAAUUUCCCUCCAUGGCUAACCUCAUGAGGUGGCAUACGUACCUAAAUGGAUUCGUGCAGAAUUGUGGUGGCAUCAUUCUCAACAACAGAUCGGUUCUUACUGCUGCUCACUGUAUAGCCGACGAUGAAGUUGGCAGAUGGCGCAUUCGUAUUGGUUCCGUUUUCGCUAACAGUGGUGGUGCUGUUUACAAUUCAAAUCAGCACAUUAUUCAUCCAUCAUUCAACGCUGACACCUUGGACAACGACAUAGCUAUACUGCGCUCCGCUACUGCAUUCUCCUUUAACAACGCAGCUCGAGCUGCAAGCAUCGCUGGCUCAAACUAUCACCUUCCUGAAAAUAGAUACGUUUGGGCGGCUGGAUGGGGCGUCACGAACCAAGGUUCAAGCUCCGGAUCUGAGCAGCUCCGUCACGUCCAGCUUGAGACUAUCAACCAGAACACUUGCAGAAACAACUACGCUAACUGGGGUGUCACUAUAACUGACAACGUAGUGUGUGCUGGCUGGAACUUUGGAGGUCGUGGCCAGUGUCAGGGCGACGCUGGUGGCCCCCUCUACCACAACGGUGCCGUUGUUGGUGUCUACUCUUUCAGUCUGGGAUGCGGUGUAGCUAACUACCCAGGAAUUAAUACUCGCAUUUCUAGUUACACCUCCUGGAUAUCAUCAAAUGCCUAA